AAAGGUCACAGUGACAUUGCACAUGUUAGACUUGUUUUUCUUGAUGUUUUUCCCUCAUUAAGAAGCCUCUUGCCUCGCUGAAAGGUAGCAAAGGCUCAGAAACAUUCGCAAAGCGGGAGACCACCUGGCCAUGACAUUGGCCCCUGGUUUUACAAGUCUGGUUUGGCCAUCAAGUUGAAUUUAUGAAGCUUUUUUUUACGUGUUUGAGUCAGCUUGGAUUAUUUAUUUUUUUUUACCCGAGGUCAAGAUUCACAGUCUUCUAUUAACUUGUUGCGAUGUCAUCGUUUGCUUCCAGACUUUUAAGUGGAGGCAGAUGAGACUCAUGGUUGGAACCUCCCCUCGGGUAGACCGCCCACUCAGCCCUGAACCCGAUUACUUGCCAUCAACUGUCACUUAUGGGAGAAAAUGGAAGCUGAGUCGUCAUGUCAAAAGUCCAAGUGACAUGUUGUUGGCCCGCCUCCUCCCUUCUCCGAAAAGGGGGUGGAGGGCACUCACAGCAGGUGGUGCGGCAGAGGAUCACGGACAUGAGAUUUGAUAAUCUCCACUUGUCUGACUUGGGCACAGGAUAAGGAGAACCAAAUUUGGGGACAACUCAGGUGUCUCAUCGGAAUCGUCUCCGGCCGAGAUCGGCUGAAUAAAGAUGGAGCGGCGGGGCGAAAGCGGCGGCCAGUGACGCAUCGAAUCAAUCUCAGGUGUGCUAAGGCCAAAAGGGGUCAUGGCGGUGCUCCCUGGUUGCGGCAGAAGUGCGUCCCCCUCAAUUGCCAACGGAGCGUUCCUCCAUCGGGGUGGAUGAUCCAGUUGACGGGUUCCAACCAUGUAGCGGUGUCAGGUGAUCCAAAAACGUUCCCACGGCAGCCACUAUGGAAGUGCAAACCACCUCCCUGGUGUGGAUUUACGUUAACGUCACGGUCAACGCUUCCGACGAAUUCAACUCCACCGAGAGCUCGGAGGAGUCUUACGCCAUCGGUCUCUUCCUCUCCUGCCUCUACACCAUCCUCCUCUUUCCCAUCGGAUUCAUCGGCAACAUCCUGAUCCUGGUGGUCAACCUGAACCACCGGGAGAAGAUGACCAUCCCCGACCUGUACUUCGUCAACCUGGCGGUGGCCGACCUGAUCCUGGUGGCCGACUCGCUCAUCGAGGUGUUCAACCUGAACGAGAAGUACUACGACUACGCCGUGCUGUGCACCUUCAUGUCGCUCUUCCUGCAGGUCAACAUGUACAGCAGCAUCUUCUUCCUCACGUGGAUGAGCUUCGACCGCUACGUGGCGCUGGCCGGCUCGGUGGGCUGCAGCCCGAUGAGGACCAUGCGCCACGCCAAGCUCAGCUGCGGCCUCAUCUGGAUGGCGUCCAUCCUGGCCACGCUUCUGCCCUUCACCAUCGUACAGACGCAGCACCGCGGCGAGCUCCACUUUUGCUUCGCUAACGUCUUCGAGAUCCAAUGGCUGGAGGUCACCAUCGGCUUCCUGGUGCCCUUCUCCGUCAUCGGCCUUUGCUACUCCCUGAUUGUCCGGAUUCUCAUGCGGGCGCAGAAGCACCGCGGAUUGUGGGCCAGGCGACAGAAGGCGCUGCGUAUGAUCUUGGUGGUGGUACUGGUCUUCUUCAUCUGCUGGUUGCCCGAGAACGUUUUCAUCAGCAUCCAGCUGCUGCAGGGCACGGCCGACCCUGCCCGUAGGACCACCGCCACUCUGUGGCACGACUAUCCUCUGGCGGGCCACAUUGUUAACCUGGCCGCCUUCUCCAACAGCUGCCUCAACCCCAUCAUCUACAGCUUUCUGGGCGAGACCUUCCGGGAUAAGCUGAAGCUCUUUGUCAAGCAGAAGGCCAGCUGGUCUGCCGUCGGUCUCCAUUUGGGACCUUCGGUCAGGACUGGGGUGACGCAGGUAUAAGGACAGAGUGGGAAACAAUACCUCGGAUUUACGCCUCAUGGAUUCAGUCACCUGCUCACUUUAUGAACAAAAAAAAAAAAAGAUGGAUUCUGUACAUAUUAUCUUGGGUCCACACCAAAACGUUCCCUUGCCUAAAUGCUGCAAGAAAAUAUUCAAAGAAAUCUGCCAAGUUGCCCCCCCCCCCCCUGCAUAAUUUUGCGUUUGAUGUUGACCUACAUGUUAGCGUAGCGUAGCGUUCACAGAGGACGCUGUCACAUAAAAAACACAAUUUUAUUUGCUCCGUGUAUCUGUCAAAUACUUGUAAUCGAACUUACAUGUUCAGUGCGGUGGUGGUCAAAGUAUGGCUUGGGGGGUCGCAAAAGUUAUUUAAUCAGGGCUAGCAAGCAUGUUAUGCAAUUUCAAAAAGAGAAUGAAAUAUUUAAAAAUAUAUAUAUAUUUUACUUUCCCCUCACCUUUGUCUGGGUUUUGGUGACAUCAGCUCUUUUAUUUUAUUUCUGGAAAUAAAGACAACAAUUGCACUUUUUCAGCAUUUUGAAGCAUUAUGAUGUCAUGAAAAAAUAAUUAUACAGGACAUUAUGUGAUCGUGGUACGGUAUGAAAUGAGAGCUUUACCGGACUGCAGACAGUCAACAUGUUUGUCAUGACAAGCAUCCUGAGAUGAUUGUUUGUGUACCAAACCACAAAACUGUUUUUGCAGCUGUAAGCAGACCAGAAGCCCUGGGAAAGUAACAUGGAAGGGGAUACUGUUUUUACUGGUUUUCAUUAAGAGGGUUGCAAAAAUAAUAAAUGAUUACGUCCGUUCUUCUGCUA